CUUAAAUUUGGUCUUGCUGCAUUCUCUUUCUCCCUCAGUUCAAUAUAUUUGUUUUUUCUUUGAACCCUUGAAGAUACCUACUUCCACUGUUAUGAGAAGAUGAUGAUUGCUCUCAAAUCCAUAAAUCCUUCCUUUAGACUUAAUAACAUCAAGUGUAAUAUCUACAACAAAAGAAGUUCUACUUUGUGCCUCUGCAAAUUCAAUGAGUCUGAUUCUCAAGCUCCUCAACCAGGAGAUACAAAAAAACAAGAACUACUAGUCCAAAUGGCCAUGCUUCAAGCUCGAAAAAUCCGUCUCACGGAUUAUCUAGAUGAGAGAUCAGCAUACUUAACCCAAUUUGGUGAAAAGGUUAACGCCGAGUUUGAAAAGAUUGGAGAAGAUGCCCUCAAAGGAUUAGAUGAAGCUGGUGCCAGAAUAAUUGCAAACAUGGAGAGCCAGAUGCUAGAAUUAGAAGAAUCUGCAGAAAUUAACAGACAAGAAAUUCAAGAGUGUGAAAACGAGUUAGAGGAGUUUGAAGUUCAAAUGGAAAACGGAAGAAAUGAAGGGCUAUUCUUUAAGAACCUCAGAAAGAAAGUACCUGUUGUUGAUAAAGUAAAAGCCAAAGAGGAAGCAGAAAAAAUUAAAGAUGUAAUCAGAGAAAAGGCUGGAAGCCGAAUCAGGAAAAAUGUUUACCUAUUCUUCAUUGGCCUGCUGACCUUUACAGUAGUUUAUUCUAUUGCCUCGCCAUCAUCUGAUUGGAGAAAAGUGGCAGUUUUUGGAGCAAUUCUCGUGGCUUUGAUUUCUCAGUUCACCUAUGAACAAAACAUGUCAGUAGAAACUAAAACCACAAGAAAGAUCAACAAUGAAGAGGAAAAUAAAUGAGUUCAAUUUUUAGUGUUAUUUGCUGCAAGUUUCUGUGGUAAAAACCGCUUAUUAAUUGAUAUUGCAUGAUAUAAUAAACCCUAGUAUAGUUUUACAA